AGUAACAUCGUUCCAGCCAAGCAAGAAAGCAAAAUGUCGGACUUUGAAGACGACGAAGGUGUUGAUGAACCAGUGUUAGACGAUGAAAAUGAUGAGGAAGGAACUGAGGAAGAAGAAAAACCUCCAGAGAAUCCCCUGACGGAAGAAAUGUUAGCUGACAGCCUUUCGUUGCUGUGCAAAACUGGAGAUGGCCUGGCACAUGCAUAUGUCAGACUUGACAUACAUGAAAAGAUACAGACAGCUCAUACUACAAUGCCGCAUCUUUUUAAUCUUGAACUAGUUAAUGAAAUAGUUGAGGUUAGUGGCUUUGAUCCAAACAAGUUGGGCAGACUGAGAGUUCUGGAGCUGCGAGGCAACAAACUCAUGACAACUGUUGGACUAUCUAACCUUCCUAACCUGAAAGAGCUUUACAUGGGUGCCAACACCAUAAGAACUCUUGAAGGCCUGGACAGAUUGGAACAUCUGUCAAAAUUACAUCUCCGUGACAACCAGAUUGAGAAACUUGAUGGCUUCUCAGAAAAUAUGAAAAACCUUCAGUACAUUAAUUUGAGAGGCAACAAUGUCACAGACAUGAAGGAAAUUGCAAAACUAAAAUCUUUGCCUUUGCUAAGAGCCUUGCUAUUGAUGGAAUGUCCCGUAUCAGAUGAAGACGAUUAUCGUAUAGAAGUGUUAAUAAGUCUGCGACGACUAGAGAGGCUGGACAAAGACGAGUACACCGAUGAUGAGAGACAAGAAGCAGAAGAGAUUUAUGAACAAAGAAGACAAGAGGAAGCAUUGGCAACUGGGACCCAAGAAGUCAUACACACAGAUGAAGAUGACUAAUAAACAUGUACUUGUUGUAUAUAUAAUGUGUCAAAAAACAACUCAAGUAAGUUGUACCAAAAGUAUGUACAAAUUUUGUGGUGUUACAAAUGAAUGUAGUCUUUGCUUGUGUCCAGUUGUAGAUACAAUAGUUAUCAACAUGAUUUUGCCCAACUACUUGACAUGUAUAAACUUCAAAAAACUCAGUGGUGUUCAAUUUUAUUUGACUUACUUUCUAAAUGCUUCUAAAUUCUUUGUAAAUGUUUUCGAAGAGUUUGCAAAUAAUUCUCAAAAACAGAAAAAAAAUAUGUACCUUAAAAGAUCACAUUUUACUGAUUUUGGUAUUUGCUCUUUUUAAGUUGCUUUUUCAGAAGUUGAUGAACAAAUAAUAAGAAUAAUAUUUUUUUUAAAAGUAGCAAUAAAUUACACUAAGUCUUGUUGUUUUUGGAAUAUUUAGAAUUCGCACACCGUCUAUGGCUGUUGUUCUCAUUGUUGUUAUUGAUUGUUGCAAAAUUUGUUUAUCAACCACUGUAACCAUCUUUUCUGUCAUUUUUUACCAAGUAAUUUAUACUCUUAUAAGUGUGUCAUGUCAUUGCCACUGGCAGACAUGUACUUUUCACAACAUUCCAAGUUUGUGAUUAUAUGCCCGUGUACAUUGUAACUACAGACAAAUGCCAAAUUCACUUAACAUUUACAACAGUGUUAGAAAGAACUUCCAGCUUCUUGAGGGCUUCUCGGAUGAUUGUUUUACACAGUAAAUAUUGCUCAUUUAGAAUUUGGAAAAUUGUUAUUUUUAUUUCUUAUUUAUUACCGUAAUACCCAACUUUUCCUAUUGAAAUACCAGAUGCAGAACUUUAUAAAAAGGUUAGUGAGUCUAAAUGUCACUUCUGCGUGUGUCUGUCAUUCAUAGUUGCUAUCACUAAAUUAAGUGUUAAAACAAAAAGUUCAUAACAUUGUCAUAACGCUCUAAUUUUUUGCCGACAUUAGUUUUCUCUUCUAGAAAAUCUACUGAAAUUUAAGAGCAUAAACUUGUUUUCUUGUUAGUGACAGAGAGAUUGGUCAUCUAAUCUCUAUACAGUUUCAAUAGUAAUAAACAGGACAAAAUCCCACUACACUGUAUUUGAAUAAAACUAAGAUA